AUGACCACGGGCGCAAUCAACCAGAGGGAGAAAGAAGAAGAUGAUAUAGAAGAUGAAGAAAACUAUGACCCAACAUGCCCCACAAUAUGUUUCCCGGCAGCUGAGAAGAUACGGUGGAGACGUGAGUGGAGGUCGGCUCUGGUAGUGAAAGGUUUGGGACGCAAAGUGUCAUACCUACCACUUGUUAAAAGAUUGAAUUUCUUAUGGGGAAGGAACGGGGAAUUACAGAUAUCGGACAUGAAGAACGACUGCUUCCUGGUUCGUGUUCGGAAUCAGAAAGAUUAUGAAUUUGCGUUAGAGGGUGGAUCGUGGCUGCUAGGCGACACCUACCUCAUUGUUCAUCGAUGGUUUAAGGGUUUUAACCCUUGGAAAACAAAGGUACUUUCAACGAUGGUGUGGGUACAGUUGCCGGAGUUGCCCACUGAAUUUAUCAACAAGGAAGCAGUCAUGAGAAUUGCGGCGGCUAUCGGGAAACCUAUAAGGGUGGACCGAGCUACGAAGCUAGGAGCAAGGGGGAAGUUUGGUCGAGUGUGUGAAAGUUGA